AUGAUGCUGCGAGCUGUGCCAGUGAGCACAUUGGCCGAGCUGUCCAACGUGGCGAGUGAAAUCGAGGGUGAUUACGCAAAUUUGCAAGCUGGUGCAUUGGGAGGAAAGGCGGCCCAGUCCUCUUUUGUGAAAAAAGAGGUCGGCCAGUCACGAAAUUCUGACCAACCACCUAGACAGCCAAAGUGUUGGACUUGCGAAGGAGCCCAUCACCAGAGUCAAUGUCCGCUGAGGCAACCCAAAGGGACGAAUUUCCAACGUCCAAGUCCUAACACCCACCAGAAACAGUCGGAUAAUAAAACGAUUCCUAGGCAGAACCCUCCGGAGAGAGUGGCUGCCCAAAUGGAAAGGAAAACCAAAGAUAGGAAAAGUCCUAUGUCUGAAGGACGGUCAAAGCAGACUGAACCACCUCGUAAGGAGGGGCGUCCGAAGCAAAAUAGUUCCAAACCGCAGAACCCUUCAGCGAAAGCGGCUGCAAAAAUGGAAAAUAGGGGUAAAGGUUCAAGAAAUCCUCCAUCUACAGGGUGGUCCAAUAGGACAGACUCCCGACAGAAGGAAGGACAACCGAUCCAACAGCAGGUGGUGGUCGAUGUCCACUCCCCUAGUCAAGGGCCUGCAAAGGUUGGAAAACCCUACAGGAAAAAGGGCAAAGGUCGCGAACGGUCGGACCUUGAUGCAAUCGAAAUUGCAGAGUCUUUAAAUUUUUGA